CCUACACACGUGGUGUGAGAAAUUUUGCGUUCGUCAAUUCGGAGAUUGGAAAUAAUUUAAUCAGCACUGUUUCUAGAUUUACAGCCCAGGAAGAAUCUUUGCGUACGUUCUUGUGUCCAGGUGAAUUAUGGGAACCCAAUUAGAAGUGUUUGCAGGAAGUUACGAGCAGAUACUUUUUGGUUACCGAGUGUGUCCCGGACAACAGGAAUGGAGAAUAGAACAAGUCUUCACACAUCAUGCUCAUACGGCAUCCUUGUCUGCAGUGGCAGCCAGUGAGCAAUUCAUCGCCACAGGAAGCAGAGAUGAAACCAUUCAGCUCUAUAAUAUGAAGACAAGAACUGAACAUGGAUCCUUGUUGCACCAUGAUGGUACUAUCUCAUGUCUGGAGUUCUAUGGCACCUCCCAUUUACUCAGUGGUGGAGAAGAUGGUCUUCUCUGUGUGUGGAGCACAAAAACUUGGGAAUGUUUGAAAUCCAUCAAAGCCCACAUAGGCUAUCUAACAUCUUUAUCUGUGCAUCCAUCUGGGAAACUUGCACUGUCCGUUGGAACAGACAAGAAACUAAGAACAUGGAAUCUAAUAGAUGGAAGGUCAGCUUUCACCAAGAAUAUAAAGCAAAAUGCACAUAUAGUGCGGUGGUCACCUGAUGGGGAUAAGUACGCUGUAGCCAUAAACGAUAAGUUAGACAUUUAUGACCUGGAGUCUGCUAACAUCAUAAUCACCCUGACCAACAAAAAGAGGAUUUCAUCCAUUACAUUUUUGAAGAAUACUGUACUGGCUCUGGCAGGAGAUGAUGAACAUGUGAAAGUGUAUGAUCUCAUCUCUGAAAAGUGCAUUUGUGAGUUUAAAGCUCAUGACAACAGAGUGAAAGCAGUAGAAAGCUUUAUGAUGGAUGAGUUGUGUGUACUGGUCACAGCCUCUAAUGAUGGAUUCAUCAAGUUGUGGAAACUCAAUAUGGAGAGGGAGGAGGAGGUUUGUCUGCUGGGCCAGGUGAACACCACAGCUCGCCUUACCUGUCUGUCAGUUUGGAGACAUAAUUCUGAGAAAGAGUCUUCAGCAGAACAAACCACAGAGUCCACAGCUGUACAAUCACUGGACAAGGAGGCUGGGCCAUUAAACACAAAUAAGAGAGUGAGGAUAUGGACUGAAGAGGUGCUUUUAGAAGAUGGCACCUCUUCUAAAAAACAGACUAAAAAGAAAAAACAGAAGGCACAAUAAACAUUUUGUUUAUGAUUUUUUUUUUUUAUUAGGCAUGUGUUUUAGCAAUUACUGCAAAGGACUGAACUAUACAGGUGUGUAACUAGUGGGCUGAGUCACCUGCAUCGUAUUAAUGUAUUGCUUGAUACCAGAAAUCAGAAGCAGCAGCAAGACCAGUGGAAGUGUAAACAUUGUAAAAUUGGCAGUGAAAUUUUUUUUUUAUAUAUAUAUUAUUUGAAUUUUGUCCUCCCUGAUAUAGAAUACCCCUUACCUUACCUACCUAUGUUGAGCUGCCUACCUUGAAGUUUGCUACAUUGUUGCUAUUGUUGUCUUACCCAGAGGUGUACAUUAAUGGUUUUUAUUUAUAAAACCAGUUGUUUUGGGCCUAGUCUUCUUUAUGAAUCUUCCAUUGAUACAAUUAUUUUAGUAUGAAAAAUAUUUACUAUAAAUAAUUGAUGUACAUACUCAGGUGAGGACUUCCUAUUUGUUUAUCUUCUAGAAAAUUGUGUGUUGUGCAAUAACUUGAUGCAUGUCUGAUGUAUGAAAACGGUAUGGAAUCUGUUAAAGGUGAUAAAGCAGUUAUAAAAAUAAAGGUGAAAAAUGCUUA